AUGCUCUCUUUCAACGAGCAGUCUCUGUUCAUCUCGAACCUUCUUUCUGGCAUUGAUCAAUACAGACUGCCAUCCAUGGAGCGAACUCGUUCAUAUUCCUAUCCAAUUCUAUGCAACUACAUGAUGCAAGUCAGCCUCUUCGACAACGAGGUUGUUAUGGGUGGGGAUGAUGGUUUUGCACGAGUAUUUGACAUCAGGACUAGGCGAUUAACUCAGAUGCUCGACCAUUCCCAUGGUGAGCAAUGUGCAGUGGCUUAG